AUGUCUUCUUUUGUAGCAUCUCAAUCUUGUUUCCUUACCACAAGUUCCAAUAUUUUACCUCUUAAACCCAUUUUUCUUCAACAAUCUUCUACAUUUCUUCGCUUUUCUUCCCCAUCUUCUGUUCCAGGGUUAGUUCAUGCUGCAACAGAAAAGAAAAAUCGUGCCUCAUUUGCAGUGACAAAUGCAGUGAGAGAGUUGGAAGGAUAUGUCACUAAAGCCCAGAAUUUUCGAUUUGCCAUUGUUGUGGCUAGGUUUAAUGAAUUUGUGACAAGGCGGCUAAUGGAAGGAGCUCUUGACACUUUCAAGAAAUAUUCCGUCACUGAAGAUAUUGAUGUUGUUUGGGUUCCUGGUGCUUAUGAGCUUGGGAUUACUGCACAGGCGUUGGGAAAAUCAGGAAAAUAUCAUGCUAUUGUGUGUCUUGGAGCUGUGGUAAAAGGGGAUACUUCACACUACGAUGCUGUCGUUAACUCCGCCUCCUCUGGAAUACUAACAGCUGGACUAAAUUCAGGAGUACCUUGUAUCUUUGGUGUCCUUACUUGUGAUGACAUGGAUCAGGCCAUUAAUCGCGCUGGUGGAAAAGUAGGCAAUAAGGGUUCUGAGGCAGCGCUAACAGCUAUUGAGAUGGCUUCGCUUUUCGAACAUCAUUUGAAGGCCUAAAUUCAAUUUGAUUGAAGUAGUUCCCUUGUCCAUUGAGCCACUUCAAGAUUGCCUUAUUUCCUAGAGAUUUCCCUUAAACGCGUGCAGCCGUGCAGGGAAGAAAGAGGGGGGGGGGGGUUGUUUAAGGAAUUAAGAGGUUUGCAUAUUGUUGUAAGAUGAAACUUGCUUUCCCCAUGGGCCAAAUAUGUUUGGAUAAUUUUCUUUUCUUUUUUUUCAUUUUUCAUUCCGUGUUGUAUGAAAAUAAAUUCUUGGGAAGUUGUUGUGAACAGCUCUCGUGUCUAACAGCCUGAGAAUAGUUAGUUGGAAAUCUAUGUUUUGUACUUUCCUGAAAUUUGAGGAUGCUCUAUUGGAUGUUGUUUAACUUCUUUCCCCAAGUAUUAAUCUAAUCUUCAAAGUUCUAAUGGUACAAAACAUGGAAGAUACGAAGUUUAUCAUCCUCUUUUUCCAUUAAUAUUUGGAUAAAACAGAUUUCUGGUUUCCACUUUUUAAUUAAUGAUGCAAUGUCUUCGGCUAUGUUGGAUUCCAGACUGAAAAGCUGAGGAUUUCUACCUUCAUGACUACUCCUGCUAGAAAUGAUAUCCUUAAACACCCGAAAGUAGACCUGGCAAUCGGACCAAUCGGAUCGGAUUCGGACCGGACCAAUUCAGAUCGGACCAUUUUCGGAUCAAGUUACAUUCGGACUGGGAUCGGACCGGAUCGGACCGUUUCGGAUUGGGUCAUCGUUCGGACUAUUAUUUCGGAUCGGAAUCGGACCGGACCAAUUCAGAUCGGACCGUUUUCGGAUCAA